CCGGAGGGGCGUGACGUUGUGUGUGUCGCCAUCAUGAUGACAGCCGGGUACCCAGAGCAGGGUGGCGGUGGUGGGGGCCCUCCCUCAGCCGGAGCCGCCGCCGUGGGGGGUGCCACUGCCCCCACGCCCCAACCCGUUGUGCCUCCCGCCCACGCCCCCGCCCAGCCCACCCACGAUCAGUGUCUGUCUGGCCAACCUCUCCCUCCAGACCACCACAGCUACCACGACCAGGCGCAGUUCGAGGCCGACAAGCGCUCCGUCUACAAGCACCCGCUCUUCCCGUUGCUGGCUCUGCUGUUUGAGAAAUGCGAACUGGCGACACAGAGCGCAGAUUCGGUGAGCAGCGACUCCUUCAACUUGGACAUCCAGGCCUUCGUUCAGCAUCAGGAGAGGGACCGUAAGCCCUUCCUCAUGAACGACCCGGAGGUUGACGGCUUGAUGAUCAAGGCGAUCCAGGUGCUACGUAUCCACCUGCUGGAGCUGGAGAAGGUGCAGGAGCUGUGUAAGGACUUCUGUAACCGCUACAUCACCUGCCUCAAGGGGAAGAUGCAGAGUGAGAACCUCCUGAGGACUGAGUAUGGCUACGACUCCCCGGGCUCUCCUGAUGGUGGCAGCCCCUACAACGGCCACCACCAGCUGCACAUGGCCCACCCACACCCACAGGUAGUUAGCACCUCAGGACAGGUAUUAGCGGGAGAGUAUCUGGACGGGCAGCAGCAGCAACAAGCCGCCUUGUGUCUCCAGGUGACUCAACAACACCACAACCACCACCACCACCACCAUCAGCAGCAGCAGCAGGCAGAGUAUCACCAACAACACCACCACCUCCACCAGAUACAGUCCCAGGAGCUUCAACAUGAUCAACUGGCAACCCCAAGUAGAAGUCCUCUUGGUAUGGUCGCCACCACGAAGUCCACUGCCCUUCCUGGCCCUCCCGUCACUACCACAUUGCCCACUACCAUCGUCCACGUCUCACCCACCACGCCCACGACGUCCCUGUCCACGCCCGCAUCACCAACCCUAAUCCAGGGCAGCACUCCGCUCUCACAGAUCGGCGCCCACCCCUGCCCUCCACCCCCAGAAACCAGCAUCGUUAACCUGCUGGCUCCCUUGACUCCCCCAUCAUGUGAGGAGGAGGAGGAUGGUGGAAUGCGACGGCAGAAGCGAGGAGUCCUCCCCAAGCAUGCGACUGCCAUAAUGAAAGCCUGGCUCUUCCAACACAUCGUCCAUCCUUAUCCUAGUGAAGAUGAGAAGAGGCACAUCGCAGCACAGACCAACCUGACGCUUCUGCAGGUGAACAACUGGUUUAUCAAUGCCCGACGUCGCAUCCUCCAACCCAUGAUCGAUGCCUCCACUCCUCCUGACCAAAAGACCAAGAAGUCGAAGGCCUACAACCCCAAGGCCUCUGCCACAAGGUUCUGGCCUGAUAGUCUCAUAAGUCUGCAUGGUAAACCACAGAACAACAAUAACAACAACAAUACGGCUUCAUCACUCGCUCGCAAGACUAACUUGUCUAACACGGAAGUGACAGCGAGUCCCAUAUCCACGACAGGCGAAGAAGAUGUGGAAGAAAUCGAGGAUGAGGAAGAUGAGGAAAGAAGGAGAGAACAGGAGGAAGAGGGAGAAGAGCAAUACAAGGAUGAAAAUGACUUCCUGAGACCAAAGUCAGAGAGCCCACUUCAUGAGGAGUUGGAUGUAGGAACUUUGUAGUGUAUAGUUUCUGAAACAUAAUUUGAAGGUUUCUCUGUUCUCGGCAAGUGAGGUGUUGGUCAAACUUGCCUUUAUAUGUCUGUGUUAAGAACAAAUUAAACUUGCUGCUGAACACUUCUAUCUUCAUAUGUUUCAGAAUGAUGGUCAAUCCUACCGUAACAACGACUCUUACAUAUCUGACAGAUUCACCUUCACUUUCAAAUGGCAUUAAUUUGUCUCACAAAAACAAUCUUAAGAUAAAUAAAUAUCAUAUAUAUUAAUGCUAAAGACAAUAUACAGAUUUUAGAGGGUUUCUGUCAAGUUUACAAUUAUGAAUAAAAAAUAUAUGCACAUUUAAAAAUUUGAUACCAAUAUAUGUGUCCUGUAGUUAUCUCAACAUAUUUUUGCUAAAACACAACUAAUCGUAUACCAAAGACACUGUACAAAAAAUACAUUAACUUACAUUUUUACCAUGUUAUAUGUUGUCCAAAACAAUUGUACCUUCAGGAAAAAGUAUCAGUUGAUUCAAGUCACAAGCAAAGCACAUGUUAAUGUACUUUUUUGUGUGUAUCAGACUCUAAUGUAACAUUACAAGAAUGACAUUUCCGUAAGUUUUAGAUUACUGUACUCUGCUACACAUACAGUGUUAAUUUUAAAGUAGAUAUUUUGUCCUUUAUAUGUGAUAAAUACCCUAUGAAGGUAGAAUUGAAACCCUUAUAUACUUUUACCAUGGCAUUGUACAAACAUUUAUUAAAGUGUAAUGAUUAAGAAACAUGAUCAAGAUCAGCUUUAUGUGCUGCAGAAUGCAGUAGUAUCAGGGAGCCUGUGUCAGAAUCUCAUAGGGAGUGGUUAUUUUAUUGUUUGUUUUUUUACAUGGCUGAUAUCAUCCAUUCACUUGCAUAAUAUGCAGUGUCUCUCAAUUAGAAAUCCUGUAAUAAUUGUAUGUUCACAUUCCUGAUAAAAACUAGUUAAACCAAAUAUCAAGUUCUUGACUCAUAAUAAGUGGUUGUAGAUGUCAGAAAACCUACUUUGAGAAUCACUGCAUAAAAACAUGAAAAUGUUUGUAUGUUAGCUAAUAGUAAACUGAGCUUAUGAUUUACAGUGUAACAACGAAUCACCUGAUAAAUAAUUAAGAUUGAUUGUUAAAAGAAACCAGAAAUACACAAUUGAAAGUGAUCAGAUUUGUCCAGCCUUAGAUAUUGUAUAAACCAUAGAAAGUAAACAUAAACUAGAUUAUAGCAGUAAUCCACUGGGGCCAAAUGUGGUCAAUUAUAUGACCUCUAGACUAACCAUCAUCUUGCACUACUUUAAGAAUUCUGACUUUGUCAAAUAGAAACCUGUAAUACCCUAGUGAGAUUGUAAGACCAAGUCUUAGAAACCAAAGCUCUUCCUCAGCCCUAUACCCUCUUCCUCCUCCUGUGAUCUCAAGAGUGCCAAUUCGCCGCCGGGGUUCCUCAUCACGAGCUACAACAGCAGAAACGAACUACUACGACGAAGUGACCGACACUCGGCGUAUGCCUCGAGAGACUAUCGUGGCAUAAACUAAAAUAAUGUGUGGAACUAGCUAACUGUGAUGUAUUCCCACGACAAAGGGGUUACGUGAACAAUGAAGUGAGAGCAGGAUGCCGAUACGAGUGUCGAAAAUCAUCGCGAGUUUCGAGCACAAGGGAACCAAAGAAUCCUCAUUCAUCUCGUGAGAAUCAGAUUCUUAGUCUGAGAUAUUUGUAAAGAUACUCCCUGUAUAAAGGAAGAGAUUUUAUUUUCAGAAAUCAUCAAGACUUCAUUUACGAAUUCAGGUAUCUGUAACGAAGUAUACGAUGCUGUGCAACCGAUCUUAUACGUUAGGUAUACGACUACACAGUUUAAGUAGGUUAUAUGUAAUGUUAGGGGCUAGUAUGUAAUAUGAUUAUUAGUUACAGAAUCCCUUCCAUUUAUAAUAAAUCCCUCAGUACAUAUUAUCCUGCGUACAUACAAAUGAAUAUUCUUUGGUUCCAUGUGUUUUUAAUUUAAAAAGAAGUGUCCCCAAAAGUAUACCUUUGUGGAAGCGUGGUAGUGAGCCCUAUCCCAUUUUCUAAGGUGGAAAAAAGACCAGAUAUUUCCAUUUUCUGUGGUGACGUGACCCUUACCUGAAUAAUUUGUGACCCAGAAAAUAUUUAGUGGUGACCCAAAUGUUGAAAACUUGAACCUUGUAGUGACCUUGCCUGCCCUUAAUGUACCUGGAGACCGUGCUUGAUGAACUGGCCAUUAUGGUCCUUAACUAGCCAGCCAUCACGGACACUAACGAGCUUGUUGCGCGCCCGUGUUUAUAGCAACGUUUUGAAAGGAAAAUGUGUAAAAAAAAAAAAGUCCAAAAAGAUAUUCAUGUUACUUCUUCUAAAAGCAUUUUAUUGGUGACGUAUUUGGCUAUUUGUGUGCUUUUGCGUGUUUGUUUAGGAAUAUGCGACGUAACGAGUGACUCGGAGUCAUAAGCGAGGGUACUUUAAGGCUAAUUUACCCAGAGCCUUAAGUGUUCCUUCCAGAAGACUCUGUCACUUUGAAUACGACACAUAUGAUAACAUGAAAGGUGCAUACUUUUAAGCACAAUAUGAUAUGCAUAAUUCUGUGAUAAUUUUUCAUGUGAUCUUUUCUCUUUUUCUAUUUAAUUGCAACGAACAAACGAAAGCAAUAAUAUGCAAACGGGACUGCAAAGUCAAAAAAUCAAACAAUAGCUGCGCCAAGCGUACUUAGUUUAAUAUGGAUUCUUUUGAGAGUUAAUGAGGUGACUGGAGGACAAUUUCAUUCAAGGCCAGGACAAAACAGCACUAGUUCAAGUAGUCACAUUCUGUACUUAAGUUUCAUCCUUUGUACAACAUAGGGAACUGAGUUACAAGAAUGUUUUUGAAUAAUGUACUGUACUAGGAAAAGAUAUUUUAAUGAAUAAUACAUUUGUAUGAAAAUUUCUAGCUGUCAUGAACUUUCUUCCAAUUUACACAUUAGUGCAAUUUAUCAUAUAUCCAGACAUUUAAUUAAAUAUCUCCCUCCAGUUGCCUCAUUCCCAUUGUUUCAGCACAACGAUGCCAACAAGGACGCUGGUUGAACUUCCCAAGGGUAAUUAUCCAGUUUCUGAGAUUUUCAGCACGACUUUCUCCGUUGUUGUGAUAGGAGGUCCACACUUUGAGAAUCCCAUAAAGUUGAUAAUUACUGUAUCCUCUAUUUUCCUGAGGCCAGUUCACUUGUUACAUUCCAUAUUACUUGCAGUUGUCCUUCUUACCCUCAUGAGCAUUAAGUAAAGUAUCCUGGUUA